AACUGCUGUUUGAAUAUUUUUGUGUGUGUGUGUGUGUGUGUGUAUGUGUGUGUGUGUGUGUGUGUGUGUGUGUUUGAUGAUAGGACAGAAACAACAAUUGGUGCCUCUGCCUUACAUUAGCCUUUAAUUCGAUUUAUAUUCCGCUUUAGUAACGCUGACUCAGGCGGUAAGUUUUAGGAAGCGGUAAACGCUUUCAGGUUUUGUUUUUAGGGAGUAGCAGGCAGAACUUGGAAGAUAACCGCUAUCUGGGCGUCUUACAGCCGUAUUUCGUUUGCAGUUAGCAGCUAUCAAGGAAAGGAAAGCGUUCAUUUGUGACGGGUACCUAAAGCUUUCCUCAGGCAGGGUUUCGCUGAAUACGAACAUCAUCAGUGUAGUUGAGAUUAAGCUAAGCUUAAAGAGCUCCACCUUUAUUAAAACACAAAAUAAAGUUAGUCUAAAGUCCAUGAGUUAGCCUUCUGGAGGAGAAAGGUGAUGUCUGAGGUCAGGGAUAACCUGCAGGAAGGUGAGGCAGGUGUACGCGGUGAGCAGCCAUUUCCUGACCAGGUGAGGAGCACUGAAGCCACCAGGCCUGACCUGCAUGGUCUGCUGACCACCAGCCACUCAUCCUCAGCAGAUAUCAGCCCCUCACCUUCAGCUGAGUCCGGUGGCUUGUUGUCAUUACCAUGGGAGAUAUUAAUCCACAUUGUCUCAUAUCUUCCUGUUCACUUUGUAGUCAACGUGCUGCCAAAGGUCUGCCAUGCGCUGAGUAACGUGGGGCAGGACAGGACCGCCUGGCAGCUCCGAGCACAGAGGCUGGUGGGAUCGAGAGCUGCUUUUCCAGUGGGGCCAAGGGAGGACUUUGACUGGCCUGGUGCCUGCCUGGAGAUGGAACAGCUCAUAACCUGCUGGUCGGGUGAAGUUGAGCAUGUGGCCAGACAAAACCAGGAGGAUGAGGAGAGAAGGGAGCAAGCGAUUCCUCAGGAUGGGGAGCCUGGUGUGGGAGGCCAGGAUGAUGGUGGAGAGGGUGAGGUGAAAGGGGUGGGAGUGGCGGUGCAGGAGGUUGCUUAUGGCGCGGAUGAAGCAAUGGAGGUGGCAAUGGAAGGUGAAGAGGGUGAAAUGCAGCACGUCUUAGGUGGGGACCAAGUAGCGAGACUAAGAGAAGAGCUUGAAGACAGACUAGAGGGUGAUGCUGCAGCACUAAUGGAAGAAGAAAUGGACCACAGAAGGGUUUUUAAUGUCAACGAGGGCCGAGAUGCACUUCUUAAUCACCAAGAAGACUUGCCAGACCACAGGAAUCUGGGUAAUGGGCAACAUGUAGAGGCAAGAAGUCCAAGCCCACCACCAGCGCUGGAGUGCAUUACCCUGCCUUCAGGCCACAUUGCCCAUGUAAACUCGGUCCUCCUCCUUGGGGGAGAGGGGAAGGUCUGUGCCACAGCUUCCAGAGACUGGAACGUAAAGCUCUGGGAUCUGGAGCUGGGCUCGCUGCUGCACACGAUGGGACGGCAGGGUGAUUUUAGCAGCCAUCGAGGCUGGGUCUGGUGCCUGGCAUCUCAAGGACCUCUGCUGGCCUCAGGGGGCUUUGACAGCACUGUGAGGCUGUGGGACCUGCAGGCAGGAGGUGCAGAUAGGGCCCUCAUCAGGACCAGGGCUGCUGUUCUCUGCUUGUCCUGUCAGCCCGACAUGUUGCUGGCUGGUACAUUUGACAAGCAGGUCAGCAUGUAUGACACCAGAGCUGCUGCACCACUGGUGAAAAGCAUCCGUAUGCACAGUAACGCCGUAAUGUGCCUCUGUGCAGAUGACAAAUACAUCAUCUCAGGGAGUAAAGACUGCACUGUGGCCGUCUAUGACCGCAGAGCAGGCAAAGGCUUGAAGAGACUUCGGCUGAGCUCCUACCUGCUGUCCAUGAGCUACAGUGGCUGUGAGGUGUGGGCAGGAGACAACGGCGGCAUGCUGCACUCCUUUACCAUGCAGGCGGGGACCUUUAAGGCUGUCUCCCAGUUUGAUGUGGGACACACAGCUCUGAUCACUGGCAUCCACAGAUCCUCCGGAAGCCUCUACACCUGUUCAUCUGAUUGCACCGUCAAGGUUCAUAUACCAUGCGCGCCUCCGAGGACGUUAAGCACCCUGCACUAUCAAGCUGGAGUCCAUGGGCUGAGCGUGGAGGCCGGAGUCCUCGCCGUAGCGUCCGGUGAUGUCAGGGUGCAAAUCUGGAGGCCCCGAAAAUGAAGUGGAAGAAACUACAUGGCAACACUGAAAACAGGAACCCCGGUCUUUGUUGUGUUGUUCUCUGUCUCUAUACAAAUCAACAAACGUAUAAUAACAAAUAAAGAAGCUGCCGUUGCCUGGAAGGCUGGCUAUAUCAACAGUCAUGUAAGUGCUGAGUAAACAGACGAACACAAAAGGGAAGAGAUGACAAUGACGACAGAUGAUGACCAAUCAGGUUAUUUUUAAUUUUUAAGUAAACUAUUUUGAAAUGACUGCUUUCAGUUGUUUAAUUUAGUUGUAAAUGUGUGGUGGAGGAUAUUUCAGGUAUUUUCGUUUUGUCACAAACCCUCACAUUGUAUUUUUAUUAUUUUUAUUUCUAUCUUGUUUGAGCCACUGACAAGAUUUUUCUACAGAUGAAAAAAACAAAUGUUUAUUUCCAAUGUUUUCCCCAAAAAUUUUCAUUUUGUGCCACUACUGACCUAAUCACUCUUAAAGACACUUUAAAUAUGCUAUGUUCAAACCACUGAAACCACAGACAUGUAAAUGUUUGUAAUUUUAAUACAUUUAUUGAAUCUCAUAUGUAAACUGGCAUUAUACAACAAUAAUUACUUAAUUAACUUAAAUGUUUCAUGUACAGUAAAGUAUUUAUUGCUGUGACACACUGAUCGUAGUUCUAUAGCUAUUUAUUUGAAUACAGUCAAGAAAGCGUUAUUAUUUGUGUCCAUAUGCUGUGUGUGAUUUUAAUAUUGACCAAAAAUCAUUUACAAACGUGCUGAGAGACUGUUUCCACAGAAGACAACAUUAAAUGUUCUAAAAAUCAA